AUGGCUUUCUGCAGAGAGAUGAUCAGCUCCCGCUGCCUCCCACCGUGCGAGGUGACCUGCCCGCAGCCCAUUGCGAACGCCUGGAACCAGCCUUGUGUUACCUCCUGUGGCGACUCGCGAGCCGUCAUCUACCCUCCACCCGUGGUCAUGACAUUCCCAGGGCCCAUCCUCAGCUCUUGUCCUCAGGAGAGCGUGGUGGGCAGCUCASCACCAGCUGGCGUUGGGAGCUCCUUCAGAUCCAUGGGCUUUCUGGGCUCCCAGGGUCCCUACGGAUCCGGGAGCUUGUACAAUUAUGGGAGAUCAUAUUCUUCCUAUGGGUCCACCAGGUAUGGUUUUGGGAGCUGCAGACCAUGCUAAACGUGMAGUGAUGGAUGAGCAAGGAWCARCCACCUGGCAGGGGCAGACAAACCKUCACAGAACCUGUUCCUGGCAUGGCUUUCCAGGAGCAACAGCCCAGCAGCUCUGAAAAAUCAUGCUUUUGUGAAACUUUAAGAUAAUGUUUGUAUCUAGUGAUUAUUCUCUCCAGUGGCCUUUGAUAUCUAUGAAUUUGUUCUACCAGUGGUCUUUAUUUGAUUGAAAGUGGGGCAAGACUGCCUAAGUCUUCCCUUGCUUUGAAAAACGGUGCAUGUGCAAUGUGCAGCCCUGGAACAACUUUCUGGUUAGUCUUUAAU